GCUUUGUCCAGUCGCAGACAGUUCCAGACCCUUUUCCCCAUUCCUCCUCGUCAUCCACAAAGAAGGUCAACCACGGUCGACACAACACAACACAAGUCGCGGGUCGCGGAUUCUUUCCCAAUUCCUUCUCCCAACCACCACCGCCAUAACUGAACCACUUGUCGUUGUCCAUCGCGCGUGCCGACUGAGUGAGUGAGCCAAAGGGACAAGUCAUAGCACAACACAACACAGGCCUUCUCCAACUGAAGUACAAAGUGGAAGUACUUCAGGUUCUCCAAGGUUCACACCCACUUUUUUUUUUCCGGCAUCGAACCUUGCAGGACGGGAGCUCGAACCUUGACCCGGCAACCUCGCGCCCGCGCCCGCGCCCGCGUUUCUCCUCGCACGACAAAGCCGAAGCCAACCACGUCACCUCAACCUUUUUCAGGUUCAGGCCGCUCUCCAAGGUCGUCGCCGCCGCCCAACUCGAAACCUAGACAACAUCAGACUUGUCGUCUCUGCUUAGAGGAGAGGUAGCGCAACCUGAGGCGCAUCUUUCAUCCGUCGUUUCUUUACGCGCGACCCCACCCUUCUUCUCUUCUGUCGCAUCUUCGCCAUCUUCGUCGCAAGUCAUCACCAACCUUUGCGCCACCAACUACCGGCGCUUCACGACAUCGCCACCCUAGCCGAAGCGCGGCGCUCCUAGCUCGCUAAACCUUUGCUCUUCUACUACACUCACACUACUCAACAAUGGCCUCCUCGCGCAAGAGACCAAGGGCGUCCGAUGCCGACCGCCAGGACAGGGUACAGGAACGGAAGGAGGAUAAGGAUAACACCCGAGCCGAAUGCCCGUUCCAAGUCCACAUUGUCGACCCCUUGGUGGCAGAGAAGAAGAAGAACAAGAAGCGCAGACGCACGGUCGGAGGCAAGGCCGAGUCGAUCGACGACGAGGACACCGACCCAGCGGACAAGAUCCACUCCCAGCCGUCUCCCUUUCAUCCGUCGGGCAAGUUCAAGACGUACCCGAACAUGGAUGUACACUACAAGGUCGAGCCGGCCAAGGAUUGGACCGACAUGACGAGGUACAACAGCUUUGUGUUGAAUAAUGUUAAAUACUAUGCAGAGAACUUCAUCUAUGUCGCCAACGACCUGAGCAUAAAGAAAAAGGACCCAAAACAAGGCGAAAAGGGACCGAACGACGAGGCAACGGCCCCGAUACAAAGGCGGGACACCGAGUGGGUCGCCAGGAUUCUCGAAAUCCGCGCUAGGGACGAGCACCACGUCUUCGCCAGAGUUUACUGGAUGUACUGGCCUGACGAGCUGCCGGCCAAGACGCGAGAUAGGAAAAGGAUUGUGGAGGGGAGACAGCCGUAUCAUGGGACGGGCGAGCUGAUAGCGUCUAAUCACAUGGAUAUCAUCAAUGUGGUCAGCGUUACCGAGCCCGCGAUCGUAAAGCACUGGUUUGAGGAGAACGACGAGGAGACCCAGGAUAGUCUGUACUGGCGACAGGCCUAUGAUGUGCGGUCUCAAGAACUCUCGACCGUCGAACUUGUAUGCGGCUGCAACACUCCAGCGAACCCUGACAAACUGCUAGUCGGCUGCUCUUCAGAAUCAUGUAAGAAAUGGUUACACGAAGAAUGCAUCAAGGACCAAGCCCUCAGGGCAACGUACGAGCGACUCGGCACCGACAAGCCUCACAUCCCAGUAAAGGAGGAGAAGGUGGACAAGAAAGAGGAGGACGAGGACGACUCGAAGGAGGAAAGCAAAGCCAAGACGGAAGCAAAUGGCGACACGCAGCAGCCGGACUUUGUGGACGUUAAAGCUGAGAAGGACACCACGCGAACCACCAACGGUAGCAACAACAGCAACGGCAACCGCGCCCUCAAACCCGACAGCGAAGACGACGCCAAACCCGUCGCUCCCGACGACACGCCCGACGCCGAAGCCGCAGAGGACGAGUCGACCGCCUCCGGACUAGCAUUACGUUCAAGAAGAACAAGGACAGCAAGCGCAAAGGCAUCCAGAACUACCACUCCCGCCCCCGCACCAGGAUCAACGACAACAACGACAUCAACGACAACGACAAAAAUAAUAAAAACAGAAGAAGGGCGGAAGAAACCCGGCCGACCCCGCAAAAAGGCUUCAGUUCCCCCUCCUGCUCCUCCCGGAGGAGGAGGAGGAGCCAGAGCCAAAGUAACCAACAAGGAAAGACCAUGGGAAGGGUUAUUUGCUGUCACGCUGGAAAUGAACGGGACGCCGUACCUGGAGUUUACGGAUCUCCGCGCGGAUGUGGUGGCGAGGGGCGGAGCGAAGACGUGGACGGAACCGAUUACGUGUUUGGUGUGUGGUGUGUUGGUUAAUUAGUGAUGGCGGACGAUUACGGUGCUUCGUUUUUUGUGGUUUUGGUCAUCCUUGUCCGACUUUGAGACGUGGAGGUAUCGUCUGAGUGCAUGGGGAUUGACCGGGUUGAUGACGUUCCUUGUGGGGAAGGAGAUGAAGCUGGGUAUGUGUCGGGUUGGGUUCGAUGGGGGAGGUUAGUGGUCCUUGAGGAUUACUACCUUCCAAGUAUGGAACCUAGAGAUGGGCGGGAGAGGAUGUGGAUGUGAGCAGGAGGACACACUGCCCUGGUUUUGUGUUGGAAUUGGUCGGCAUGAAGUCAGAGCAGAGAGGUUGGAAUGGGUAUGGGGAAAAAAUGGAUUUCACGAGCGAUCUAACCGGUGCUGAUACUAUUGCUCACAACGACACGAAACGACAUGACAACAACAACAACAACAAUAUUUGCUACUACACAUACGUUUUUUGCUACGGGAUACCUAGUGCUCAGUUGAGUAUGGAGGAGGAGGAGGAGGAGGAGGAGGAGGAGCAAGAUGGAAGAGGCUGAAAGAGAGGGGAUGAGUUGCUUCAGGAUGUAGAUACCUACCUACCUACCUACCUACCUAGCUAGCGGAAUAAGUAUGAUGCAAGCGAGUGAGCAU